AUUCAAUUUUUUCUUAUUACUUUGCUUUGUUACUAUUAAAAAUAUAAUACAGAUAAAACUUUGAAUCAAAGCCUUACUAUUACCUAUUAAUCCAGUAAUUAAUAAUUUAAGUGUAAUAUUGCCUUGUCAAGAAAUAUAUUUGCAAUUUGAUUCUGCUUCGCAAAUAUUUUUAGUAUUCGAUUCAAUAUUCGCUUCGCAUCCAAAAACACUAUUCGCACAGGCCUAGUAUUUCAGCACUGUCGCUGAUGGGAUUAUUAUAUUAUUAGCCGAUGUCAGGGUCUGCACUAAAUGAUGCUUCAAAAUGUAGCCAAUAAGCACACAUGAUAAAUAAAUUUACAGUAUCCAAUAUAACUUCACACACAUAUGGCCAUAAAGUAUCUAGUCAUUAUUUUUUAAAACAUUAUUGUGGUGGGACAGAAGAAACAAAUGCCUGUCUUUACAAGUUGUUCUUACUUUAGUUACCAUCCUGGAUACCACUAUUUUAAUUUGAAUGAUAACAAUGUUUGAUUAAAACUAUACAUUUUUUUUCUAUUACCAUCAGAAUUCAGGAUGGACCUGCAGGCACUCAGUUUUUAAUUUUGGUUUUGUUUGAGGAAUUAACCUCUUAAUGCCCAGGGUGCCAUAUGUGGCACUAACUAUAAAAUGUUUUUCAAUAAUGCUUUUUUCUACAAUUUUGCUGUCUUUGGGUUGUUGGCCUAUCUGUGGAAUGUUGCUCUUUGGAAUACAAGUAUAAGACACACUCUGCUGGUGAAAACUGGAACCAUGUAGUUUGUUUUGUUUAUAGGUCUGCCAUUUUUGCUACACAGCUGUGAUUCUCAAGUUUCAAAGCUUGUACAUAAUUAUAUUGAUGGAGAGGAUAAGAAAAAUAAACAAAGACACUGUUAUUGUGCCUCCUGAAUGCAGCGACGAUAGUGUUGCAGAUGACACUGACGAAGAUCCCGACUACAGUCCAAAUGAGAAUAGGCGUCGUAUAUAUUCGUCUAAUAAUGGAUUCUCUUCUACUAGUGAGACAGAAACUUCUGAAGAUGAAGACAACCCAACGCCAGCCAAGGAUAAUAAAUGUUACAGAGUACCAUCAGUAUGGCAUGAUGUUCCAGAAAAUAUGAGUGAAACACCAAUUCCUCUUUGGAAUAAGAAACCAGAAGAAUAUUUGAUUUCAUCGCCAGUAGAUUACUUCAGGUAUUUUUUCGAUGUGGAGGUUAUUGAUAAAAUAGUAACUCAAAGCAACUUGUACUGUGUCCAAAAUGAUGUAAACAAAUCCCUAAAUACAGUGGCACAAGAAAUAGAACAAUUCAUCGGCACUUGUGCAUACAUGAGUAUUUACAGUUUACCUCGAAGUAGGCUUUUCUGGGGAAGAAGAACUCGUGUUGAGAAAGUAGCAGAUGUAAUGUCUAGGAACAGGUGGGAAGAGUUGAAGUCCAACUUGCAUUUCAAUGACAACAGCCAGUGUCCUUCAGUUACUGAUCCUAACCGAGAGCGUUUGUUCAAAAUAAGGCCACUAAUUGAUUCCCUUCAAGACAGAUUCAAGCAAAUACCCAUUGAAGAGCAAAUGCUCUGCAUAGACGAGCGAAUCGUCCCAUUCAAAGGAAAAUCGUAUUUGAAACAAUACAACCCUAAUAAACCACAUAAAUGGGGGUAUAAGAUAUUUGUGUUGUGCAAUAGCAAGGGUCUUGUACAUAACUUCGAAGUCUACACAGGUUGUAUCACACCUGCUGAAGAUAUGCCAGAUGUAGGAAAAAGCUCAAACGUUGUUUUGCAGUUGAUUCAGCACAUUGUUUGUGAUGAGAACUAUUUAUUCUACUUUGAUAAUUGGUAUUCCUCGCCUGCACUAUUAGUUUCCCUUGCCAAUUUGGGAUUUGCAGCUUUAGGCACAAUACGUACAAAUCGUUUUCCAGGCCUGGAGUUUUCUUCAGACAAAGAGAUGAAAAAAAGGGGAAGGGGAGCUGUAGAAGAAAAGGAAGCACAGAUUGAUGGUGUCCCAAUCAGGGCCAUCAAGUGGUAUGACAAUAAAGGUGUUACUUUGGCCACAACAUUUGACAGUUGUCAUCCCCUUCAAACAGUACAGAGGCUGCAAAAAAAGGACAAGACCACAGUUGAUGUAAAGUGCCCUCAAGCUAUAACCACUUAUAACAAAUUUAUGGGUGGUGUUGAUUUGAUUGAUGGGUUGAUCAGCUAUUAUCGGAUAAAGAUAAGGUCAAAGAAAUAUUAUCUUCGAUUCUUUUUCCAUUUUGUGGACAUGGCUAUGGUUUCAUCUUGGCUUAUGUAUAAGAGGGACUGCGAGAAAGAAGGUUUAAGUGGGAAUAUCAUCAUGGAUCUUCUCAGAUUCAAGACUGAAGUUGCAGAAUCUCUUUGCAGACAAGGAAAGGAUGUGGUCAAGAAAAGAAGGCCUUCUACUUCGAGCACCAGCAUUGAAAGAGAGCACGAAGCUAAAAUGCAUCGAGGUCCCACAAAAUCAAUACCUUCUCCAUUGGUUCGGCUAGAUGCAGUAGGGCAUUGGCCACUAUUUACUGAUGAUCGCCAACGAUGCCGCCACCCAAUGUGUAAAGACAAGUCUUUCAUAAAGUGUAAAAAGUGUAAUUUACAUUUAUGUUUGAAAAAAAAAAAACGGUUAUGUUGAUUUUCACAUGUAAAUGUGGAAAGUAGUGGGUUGCAUGGACUUAUGUUUCACUCAAAUUGACUUUUUAAUUGUUACUAUUGCAUCCCAUUGUGCCACAUCUGGCACAUACCUAAAUCUGUAAUUAUUUGUCAAUAUAAAAAAUAUGUAAUAUACUGAAAUGUUUGUAAAUAUGUUAAAAAGAACAUAAAUCCGAAUAUAAACUUUUUUUCAGCUUUAAAAAUGUUUUUGGGCAUUAAGAGGUUAACUCAGAACCAAUUUAUACAUACAUAUAUUUUUUAUUGUACAGGCUUCGUCGAAAAAGUAAUAGGACUAAUUUUCUUCCGGCGCGACUGUACUUCGCAGCGUGCGCGCACCGACUGGAUUCGGUAGAGGGGGUUCCUAGCUAACGAACGAGCGGCUGGUCAGUUGUCUCCGAGCAGCUGAAGAGUCAGGACAGGCUUUUUCGCGUGACGUGUUUCUGUUAGUGGUGCAAGCCAAAAAUGCAGCUUUCGUUAAAGCAGAGGUACGCGAUUAAAUUCUGUGUGAAACUCGGUAAAUCUGCGACAGAGACGUUUGAUAUGAUCAAGCAGGCUUACCCAGAUGAUGCUUUAGCAAGAAGUGGUGUGUUUCGAUGGCACAAGGCCUUUUCGGAGGGCCGGGAAGAGGUCGCCGAUGAAGACCGUGCUGGAAGACCUUCGACUUCGACAAACCCCGACAAUGUGACUCGUUUGUGCAAAGUUUUGAACUCAGACCGUCUACUGAGUAUUCGUUUAAUUGCCCAGAUGUUAAAUUUACCAAAAUCUGUGGUUCAUGACAUUGUGACGGAGCAUUUGAACAUGUGCAAGUUGUGCGCGAAGAUGGUCCCAAAAGUGCUCACUGACGACCAGAAAUUGCCUUUCUUGUGAACAGCUACCUGACCAAGGCCGGCAUCGCAACGCUUCCGCAGCCGGCCUACAGCCCAGAUGUGGCCUCCCCGGACUUCUUAUUGUUUCCUCACUUGAAAAGGCCGAUGAAAGGCGAGCAUUUUGAGACGACAGAGGGGAUCCAAGCAGCUUGCACCGCGGCUCUCAAGGCUAU